AUGGUCCGCGACUCCAAGCUAUACGAUACACUCGGUGUUGACCCAAGCGCAAGCGAGUCUGACCUCAAAAAGGCGUAUCGCAAGCUUGCACUCAAGUAUCACCCAGACAAGAACCCCGAUGCUGGCGAUAAAUUCAAGGAAAUCAGCCACGCGUAUGAAGUCCUAGCCGACUCCAGCAAGCGGCAAAUCUAUGACCAGUAUGGUGAGGAGGGACUCAGCGGAGGUGGUGGCGGUCAUGGUGGUAUGAACCCAGAAGACUUGUUCUCACAGUUCUUUGGAGGCGGCAUGUUUGGUGGCGGUGGUGGUCGGCAGCAGCAGCGUGGCCCACAGAAGGGUAAAGAUCUGUCGCAUGUCCUCAAAGUCACCUUGGAGGACUUGUAUGUGGGUAAAGUAUCCAAGCUUGCUUUGCAGAAGCACGUCCUCUGUAAGGCGUGUGAUGGCCGCGGAGGUAAAGAAGGUGCUGUGAAAAAGUGUGCUGGUUGCGAUGGACAAGGUGUCAAGAUGAUGAUGCGACAGAUGGGACCCAUGAUUCAGCGAUUCCAGACUGUCUGCCCAGACUGCAGCGGACAGGGUGAGACAUGCAAGGAGAAGGACAAGUGCAAAGAGUGCAAGGGCAAGAAGAUUGUCAAUGAGCGUAAAGUGCUUCAAGUCCACAUCGACAAGGGCAUGCAGCAUGGCCAACGGAUCGUCUUCAACGGCGAAGGAGACCAAGCACCUGAUACAAUUCCAGGCGACGUCAUCUUUGUGCUUGAGCUCAAAGAGCACGAACGCUUCCAACGCAAGGACGAUGAUCUCUUCUACCAAGCACAUAUUGACCUGCUGACUGCGCUUGCCGGUGGCAAGAUCCUAGUGGAGCAUCUCGACAACCGAUUCAUCGAAGUGCCCAUUCCAGCUGGUGCAGCCAUCAAGCCACAAGACUUGCGUGUUGUGGAGGGUCAAGGUAUGCCGUCCUACAGGCAUCACGAAAUGGGCAACCUCUACAUUCGCUUUGCCAUUGGCUUCCCUGCAAAAGACUGGACCACACCGGACAAGAUUGCCCUAUUGGAGCAAGUAUUGCCACCACGGCCUAAAGUCAAGCUGCCAAAGGGCGCGCAUUCAGAAACGUGCGAGAUGGAAGAGAUUGACCCUAUGCAAGAGGCGCGGGCGGAAGGACGUGCCAACAAUGGUCAGGAGGACGAUGAAGAUGGCGAGGGAGGCCCGGGUGUGCAAUGUGCUCAGCAGUAA